GUCAUUUUCAGGUCGCGGAGAUCACUGCCUGUGUUUAUACUCCGUUACACGGGUUUAGUCCUCGCAGACCUGGACUAGAACUUUACACAUCAGCAUCGGCUUAGGUCAGAGGAUUUGGGGCUUGGUACGGGUUGCAGUCGAGUCUCUAGAAAGCCAGAUAAGUUUUCAAGUUAACGACUAGUUCUCCGCUGAGAGCUGACCGUGAGGGUGAGCAGAUAGAUGUACCUGUCCUUGGUGCUGAAACUGACCCGCGCGUUCACGUUUCGCUUUUGAGGAACUCUACGAGCACAUUCAACAAAGCAGCUAGAUCAAUCAGAAAUAAAGGACUCGUGACUUGUUUUCUGGGAAAGGAUUAAACUGUUUUAUUUUUUUUUUUAUCGAAAAUGAUCAGAAGUUUAACGUUUUAAUUCGGCAGUUUCUUCUAGCUGCAUUCCCAAAACCAGUGUCAUAAAGGACAAAUGCACAUUUGAUAUUGAUUUGACUCGCGAUGGAGGUAUCAAACGGCUCGAGCUUUGGGAUCGAGUCUAUACUUUCUCACAGAGCCAGCAGCCCGUGCAUGUCUAAGGGGGAGUGCAGGUCUCCGGCGGAGCUGAGCCCGCGCUCGGACCUGGACAGCGGCUGCUCGUCGCCUCCUUCCCCGAGACGGAGCUCAGUGGAGGACGCUGUGCACAGACGCGCUCGAGCCCUCGGACUGGACUCUCCUUUACAAAUAUCCCAGCAGCCGAGAACAGUCACGUCCUCAUUCCUGAUCAGAGACAUUCUGGCGGACUGCAAACCUCUGGCAGCCUGCGCUCCUUAUUCUAGCACUGGACAGUCAGCACAGGAUGCUGAAGACUGCAUGGACAAACUUCACAGCAAUUCUUCCUCGGACAGCGAAUACAGGGUGAAAGACGAAGCUGAUCGGGAAAUCUCCAGCAGUAGAGACAGCCCAAACUCCCGGCUGAAGAAGCCCCGUAAAGCCCGCACCGCGUUCACGGAUCACCAGCUGGCGCAGCUCGAGCGCAGCUUCGAGCGUCAGAAGUACCUGAGUGUGCAGGACAGGAUGGAGCUGGCAGCAUCCCUCAACCUCACUGACACACAGGUCAAAACAUGGUACCAGAACCGCAGAACUAAGUGGAAACGGCAGACCGCGGUGGGACUGGAGCUGCUCGCGGAAGCUGGGAAUUACUCCGCUCUACAGAGAAUGUUCCCUUCACCCUAUUUUUAUCCCCAAAGUUUGGUGUCUAACCUUGAUCCGGGACCAGGCUUGUAUCUCUACAGAGGGCCGUCCGCGCCUCCACCCCCUGUUCAGCGACCUCUGGUCCCCAGAAUCCUCCUGCACGGGCUUCAGGGCGGCGGAGAUCCAGCGUCUCUGUCCGGGGUGAUCCCGCGACACCCGCCGCGAUGAGCUGAUCUGACCCGACCCGACAGCCGCUCCAACCUCAGGAAUCACAGGGUUGCGCUUGGACGAUACCCUUGUAAAAUCUAAACGCGCAAUAAUAGACUUUCCAAAUGACUCUGACCAAAAGGCGAAUGCUAUAACUAUUUAUUAAAAAUCAACGUGUGGAGGAAGUGAUCAGAAAACAGUCGGAUAAGGGUUCCAUCACCUCAUGAACCUUGUGACUUGUUUUCUGAGACGUUGCUUUUCCCCUAAGAUUGAAUGGCGUGGUUUAUUUGCACAAUAUUAUGACGCAAGCAAACCAAAAUAAAACAUCAACAGAAGACAAUGUCAGAUAUGCAAUAAUGAAACUAUUGUAGUUUUUUUUUUCUACCAAACGAAAAAUUCAUUUACUAACUAAAAGGUAAAUAAAUAUAUCAACAACAACAGGCUACAGAUAAUAACCAUAAUUGUAGCAAAUGUAGGCUAAUUUGUGACCAAUUUAUUGUGAUGAAGACCGUACAGCUGAAAACCUGUUUUACGCAAAUCCAGGAGUUUUCCUAUAAUGAAAUAACACGUUGCAGCGAAAACAUAAUCACUGCAACCUGUUCAACGAUUUAAAGCGUAUUGUGGAAAUAUUGUGUUGUGGUUAUUAUGGGUUGUUUACAGCCCGGUUUAACAGACGCCAAAAUACUUUUUUAAAUAAAGACUAUCGUGACAUCCAAA